AUGGAGCAAGAUCUUUACAAGUCACUAUUGGACUUUGUCAAUAGUCCUAAUUGUGAUUCUUUUCUGUGUAUUGAAAGGUUGAAACAACAUUCGGAUAAUAUUGGUAUCCAUCAUUUUUUGGUUAAAAGAUUAUACAGAUUUAGCUAUCUGGAAAUUGAAUUCUAUAUUCCUCAACUUGUUCAGAUACUCGUUUCUUAUGAAUCAGAUUCAAUGGCCCUAUCGGAUUUUCUAUUGGAUUAUAGUGAAAAAUACCCUCAUUUUUGCUUAGUGAUGUUUUGGCAGUUACAGGCUUAUGUAUUUGAAUUGAAGAAUGAUCCGGAUUCUUAUUCAUUUCACAUAGUGAGACAUUUCAUAAAUGAACUCCAAAAUAUUAUGUUCAACUUCGACAAUAAGCAUGGAAAUUCAGGUAGAAAAGAUCAAUUUCGAGAAAAUUUACUGCCAUCAUUGGUUAUGGGAGGAGUUAUAGCAGGAGCGGUAGGCUUACCUCAGCUCAAUGAUUAUGCAAAACCAUUGAUCAUAUCGCAAGCAAGACAACAAAAGACCUUCUUAUUCAAACUAGCCAACUUUCACAAAGCAUUGACCAAAAAUUUGACAAUGAAGAACAGAGGUGUGAUAGAAGACGAAUCACUUCGAGCCCAGAUACUGGACUCACAUAAAAGGGAAAGUUCUGAUAAUUGGGAUAAGAAAGGGCGGAGUUUGGAUUAUGAAUCCUCCAAGUCUUACUCAAUUGCUCAUCUAGAUGACAGAAAUUACAAUAGUGAUAGUUCUUUUGACACUAAGAUAAAAGUAAAAACCAAGAUUCCCGUAAAGAAGUCGCACAUUAAUAGAGCAAACUCACUCAGCGAAGUACAGGUCAGAGAGAACCAAUUAAGUUCACAUUCCAUGCCUAAUCUAACAGAUAGACCUCCUUCAUUUGACGGAAUUCCUUUGACCCCAACUAUGUCAAAUGCUUCGUCAGUGUCUCUCGUAUCCAUAGAAGCACAAGAGUUGGAUCCUAAGCCCGUCUCUAACAUUGCCAUGAAGUUGCCUAUGAAGCACGACCAAAAAAUUAAGUUUUUACAUGUCAACUACUUUAAGAAGGAGACAGAAUUCAUGAUGGCUUUGCAAAAUAUAUCAACUAGAUUAUCACAGGUUCCCAAGGACGCAAGAUUGACCUCGCUAAGAGCUGAACUAGCAAUCAUAAACAAUACUUUAAUUCCAGCUGAAAUUGAUAUACCCCAACUAUUACCAAUAAGUAGUAACCAAAACAGGAAAUUUCAUAAAAUUUUAAAACUAAAUGUGAAUGAAGCUUGCGUUUUGAAUUCUGCUGAAAGGGUUCCAUUUCUUUUGCUUAUUGAAUUUCUUAGUGAAGAAAUGGAUUUCAAUCCUUUGAGCGAGAGUAAUAAAACCUUGCUUCUGAAAGCUGAACCUGAAAAUAAAAGCACUACUCGCAGAUUAAAUAAGUUAAGCAUAGACAAUGCUUCCACAAACAAGAAUAACUUGAUAGAGAGUGAUGCCAGGGCCGUCACUGUUGGUCUUGAGGAAGCAGAUCUUGGUGAUUUGUCAGUUGUAGAACUAUCAAAUGAACAAGCUUUUAUAACUAACCACUUAAAUUUGAAACAGUCUUCAGAAAUGAAUAAGAAUUUAAUGAAUUCUCCAAUAAUAGACGAGGCAGAAGGUCAGGAUAUGAGAACAGUAACAAACAAGUCAGAAUUUGCAGACUCUCUGGUUAAUACUAUUAGUACAAAGGAUUUAUCAACUCAAAUGAGGAUCGCAGCGGUAAUGCUACAACAAUUAGAAAAAUCGGGACAAUCGAACUCAGAGCAAUCUAUUGCUAUUAAAUCCAGAAUAAUAGAAUCAAUGAAAGCAUUGCAAGAUAAUUUUGAGACAAUUGAUUAUCAACAAAUCACGGAACUACAUAAUGCAAACCUAGAUUUGAGUGACGCUGGUGAGAGAAAAUUGGAGAAUGAUUUCAAGUUAGGGGAAGACUGGACUACCAAGAAAAAUAGAAUCAGGAAAAGUAGUACAUAUGGGCAUCUUAAGAAUUGGGACCUCUGUUCAGUCAUAGCAAAGAAUGGUGACGACUUACCACAAGAAGCAUUUGCGUGCCAAUUAAUUGCAAUGAUUUCUAAUAUUUGGAAAAAGAAUAAUGUAGGAGUGUGGACAAAAAAUAUGAAAAUAUUAAUUACAAGUGCAAAUUCUGGACUUGUGGAGACAAUUAAUAAUGCUAUGUCCAUUCACUCUAUCAAGAAAUCAUUAACUGAGAUUUCUGUGAAUAGUGGGGAAAACCCAAAAGGUAUUGUGGCAUCUUUGGAUGAUUAUUUCAAAAAGGUAUACGGAGCACAGAAUACGUCAAAGUAUAAGAAAGCGCAAGACAAUUUCGCCAGAAGCCUUGCCGCUUACUCAGUAAUCUGUUACUUACUUCAAAUAAAAGAUAGGCAUAACGGUAACAUUAUGCUUGACAAUGAGGGCCAUAUAAUCCAUAUCGAUUUUGGGUUUUUACUCUCGAAUUCACCGGGAAGUGUUGGCUUUGAGGCUGCACCAUUUAAAUUAACUUUUGAAUAUGUUGAUGUUCUAGGAGGAGUUCAGGGAAAACCAUUUCUCAAGUUCAAGAAACUAUGCAAAGAUUCAUUUCGAACAAUCAGGAAAAAUUUUGAGCCACUAGUAAAUAUCGUUGACUUGAUGCAAAAAGAUUCCAGUUUGCCUUGUUUUAAGAAUGGUACCCAAACCAGCGUUCUCCUUAGGCAAAGGCUUCAGUUAGAACUUAGCGAUGAAGAAUGUGAUAAUUUCGUCGAAACAGUACUCAUUGGAAGAAGCAUUGGAAGCGUUUACACUAGAUUGUAUGACCAGUUUCAAUUGUUAACUCAAGGAAUAUAUAGCUAA